AAUAGCACCCUGUGGGCACCCUGGCCGUCGCUCUCACCAAACUUGAACCUCCCUCCUCAGCCCCGGACCCUUCCAUCUCCUUAUCGAGUGGCUUCUCGGGGAGGAGGGGGGGGCCCCGAAGACGUGGAUCCUCACCUCCGAAACGGCCCCCUCCAGCCAAUGGGGAGGCGGUCCGGAUCGGGUUUCACUAUAACAGAAGGACAUAAUCUGCGUGGUAAGCUCGCAGAACCUUACAGCCUGUCUUGGCCAGCCGGGAGCUCGCUUCAUUCAGCUUUUUCUGAGGUAAGUGAUCAGGUCGAGGCCGUAGAAGAGGAGGUAGUAGAGGAAGUAGAGGUGGCCCCUGAGGCCGCCCCUGAGCCAGAGCCAGAGCCUGAGCCAGAACCAGAACCAGAGCCAGAGCCAGUGGUAGAGCCAGAGCCAGAGCCUGAGCCAGAACCAGAGCCUGAGCCUGAGCCCGAAGAGGAGAAGCCAAAGUUCAAGCCCAGUGCUCCAAAGAUCCCAGAUGGUGAGAAAGUGGACUUUGAUGACAUCCAGAAAAAACGUCAGAACAAGGAUCUGGUGGAGCUGCAAGGCCUGAUCGAUGCUCACUUUGAGUGCAGGAAGAAGGAGGAGGAGGAGCUGAUCGCACUCAAGGAGAGGAUUGAGAAGCGUCGCGCUGAGAGGGCUGAGCAGCAGAGGGUUCGUGCUGAGAAGGAGAAGGAGCGCCAGGCCAGACGCGAGGAGGAGAGGCGGAUCAGGGAGGAGAGCGAUGCCAAGAAGAAGGCAGAUGAGGAGGCCAAGAAGAAGUCGGCCCUGUCCAGCAUGGGUUCCAGCUACAGCAGCCACCUGCAGAAAAAGAGAGGAGGGAAGAAAGAGACUGAGAGGGAGAAGAAGAAGAAGAUCCUGGCCGCCAGACGCAAGCAGCUCAACAUCGACCACCUGAACGAAGACAAGCUGAAGUAGGACUCACUCAGAAUCCCAAAAUUAACCAGUUAACCCAUCAAUGUGGACUUUAAACUGAAUCCAGACACUGGUCACCGCUACAGAUUCAUGUCCAGAUGAUGUGGGAUGUGAUCUUCCAAUCCACCAAUGGAACUAAUAUGACUCAGAUUCAACACUAAAGGAGCCGCCGCCCGCCGCAGAAAGUAAACCGGCCCGGCCUGACUCCGCUCCCGAACCAGAUUGCAACCAUCGUGGGCACAAACCACACGAAGCAACGCAAACCCUGGCACAGGUCAAAGCCCCGAAGAAAGCCGUGCUGAGGUUCAACCCGGCAGUUCCCCAUCACACCUGCAGAACCAGGAACCGCUAGCUAGCUAGCUAGCUAGCUAGCUAGCUUGCUAG